UGUAUGACAAUUACGGAUACUUGGGCCAAUAUGUAUCGACACGAACGAUAAGGCCCAGCACAUGCGGCGGCGCAGUCGUCGCUGCAUCACCAAGGUCAUCCGUAGCACACGUAUCACCGCCGCCCUAAUUCGAUCUCACCUCCGCGUCGACUCUUCCCAUGGACGACGAACUGCUCAGGAUCCCUCCACCUAUCCACACUGAGGAUCCGGCUUCUCCUCCUCCUGCGUCGAUCCUCCUCGACUCGUACGGCUACCUCAGCUGUCGCGUCAACGGCACCACCGCCGAGGGCUUCACGAGGGGCGGCGAGAGCGUCCUCGUCACCUUCUGGGCGGCCACCCAUCCGUGGUUCGGCGAUUUGCCCACAGCCCUCUACUCGGAGGACGACCUCGUCCUGCUCCGCCUCCCCAUCCGCCGUCAGGACGACCGCCUCCACGCUGACUACUUCGUCCACCAGGCCGGCACCAACAACAACCCGCCGUCACUUAAGCUGUUACCGCCCAUCCCGCGCGGCGUCAGUUUCUCCGACCGCGAGAUUGUGCUCUUGCGUUGCCGCGACCAAGACACGUUCUACUUCGCCCUGCUUCAUACUUCGCUCAAAGUUUGGUGGCUGCAACAAAGAAAAUGAAGAUUUCAGAUAUUGGUUCGGGGAACAACAACUGGGAGGAGGACUGCGCCUUCAAUUUUUCUGAGGUCCCAGUGGACAGCCCCAAGUUUGCCCAAAUGCUGCCUAAUCUGAAACAGGUUAAAAAUACGAAGCUAACCUUGAAGAGAAUCCGCCGUGCAGGUUACCCUGCUCUGAGGGCUUGCAUGAGGCUGAUGUUGUUUACAUCAUGCACCAACCUGAUCUCGAUAAUAAGGACAAGGCAUCGGUGAUUGCAGUUGAUAUGAGGAACAAGACUCUAAAAGAUGUGGCUUAUUUUGGUUCUGGAAGGCCUCUGGGUUACAAUUUUACAUACCUUCAAAGUGGGGUCUCCAAGCAUAUGAGCAACUAAUUGGUCCUCCUCAGGUCGUCGGGGAGUAAUUUUGUGCAAGCAGGGGCAAACGCCGCUUCGGGCAUGGGCGCGUGAAGCCACCGCGUACAUGCAUAGCACGAACAAGAGCCCGUGCACACAUCACUGGCGUGGAAGGCACACCUUCCCUCGUGGCGAUGCUGAUCGACGGUCAGGCGUAGCCGUACACGCGUCCCACGCUGCCGUGCACGUCCGU